CAACAAGUGUUGACAGAAGAAGCCGCAGAUAAAAGCAGAAAAUGUUGUGACACACUCCUGACCCGGAGGACGCCACUGGUCGGACUGAGGGGGCGGAGCUCAGCCCAGGCUUGACUUUUACCUGCUUCAACGGCUUUUGGUGGUUUUCACUGCUUGUCGCGCUUGCUGGGAGACAUGUCGUCCAUCUCCGUGCCCCCCCCGAAAUGCCUGCAGAAACCGUUGGUGGUUCCUCAUCGUCACAUGUUCGGACCGGGACCUUCAAACGUUUCUCCGCGGAUCUUGCAGGCCGGGGCCCGCCCUGUCAUUGGACACAUGCAUCCAGAAAUAUUCGAGAUAAUGAGCGACAUCAAAAGUGGAAUCCAGUACAUGUUCCAGACUCGGAACAGCAUGACUUUCGCAGUGAGCGGCACGGGCCACACCGCCAUGGAGUGUGCCAUCUGCAACGCAGUGGAGCCGGGGGAGAGCGUGCUGACCGCGGUCAACGGCAUUUGGGGAGAGCGAGCAGCAGACAUGGCUGACAGGAUAGGAGGCAGAGUGAACACCAUGGUGGCGGCGCCUGGGGUUUUCUUCACCAAUGCAGAAAUUGAGCAGGCCCUCUCAAAACACCGACCAGUGCUGUUCUUCCUGACACACGGAGAAUCUUCCACAGGAGUCCUGCAUCCGUUAGAGGGCAUUGGGCAGCUGUGCCUUAAGUACAACUGCUUGUUUCUCGUCGACUCUGUGGCGUCAAUCGGAGGGGCCCCUCUGCACAUGGACCGGCAAGGGAUAGACAUCCUGUACACAGGCUCCCAAAAGGUUUUGAACGCGCCUCCGGGUACAGCACCCAUCUCCUUCAGUGAAAGAGCAUGCCAGAAGAUAUUCAGCCGCAGGACAAAGCCAGUGUCGUUCUGCUUGGAUUUGAGUUGGCUCGCGAACUACUGGGGAUGUGAUGGAAAGCCGUCAAGAGUAUAUCACCACACAGGCCCAGUCACUGCUUUCUACUCCCUGAGGGAGAGUCUGGCUGUGCUUGCUGAAGAGGGCCUGGAGAAUUCAUGGGAAAGACAUCAAAAAGUGGCUGAGUAUUUCCACACUGCCCUAGAAAGCAUGGGACUCAAACUUUUUGUCAAAGAAAAAAAUGCGAGGCUCCCCACGGUGACCACGAUUGUUGCUCCUCAUGGAUACGACUGGAAAGAUAUAACAUCCUACCUCAUGAAAACACAUAAUUUAGAGAUUUCCGGAGGGCUCGGACCAUCAGUUGGUUUGGUGCUGCGUGUUGGACUGAUGGGAUGUAACAGCAGCAAAGCCAACGUUGACAUGGUGCUGGCAGCACUAAAAGACGCUCUCAAACACUGUCACAAGAACAAAAUGUAACAUGUCACAUCUGUAUGCUGUAAAAGUGAUCAAGGACAAAUAAAUGAUCAGCAGUA